ACAACAACAACAACAACAACAACAUGUGGCGCCUGCGUUGUCCCCUUCAUUUAAAAUUGCAGCAGCAAUGCGCGCAGCACUGCAGAGAAGCGCCACUUACAUGAACCAGCAUGGCAGCAGCGGCGACAACUCUGGCGAUUACAACGAUGAUGACGAUGACGGCGACGAUGAUGCUGACGCUGGCGCUGAUGCCGUUGAAACUGUUGAUGGUGCCGGCAACACCAGCAGGUCUGCUAUUCCCCCGCAGGUGACUCAAUCGCUAGAGAGAGGACGCGGCCGGGUGCAAGACCGCACGCAAGCUGGCGACGGCGACGGCAACGAUGAUGACGUUGGUGUUGACCGUGUUCAUGGUGCUGACGGGCCACGGCAUGGCUCGCACGCUCAUGCGGAUGCCGUUGUCGCGUGCUUGACGGAGCUGCUGCGUGCUGAUGGCAACCACGUUGCUGCGGAGGCGUUUCUGGAAGUUGUGAACGCCAGCAAGUACGCAACGCCAAGCACAGACCCAGACCUCAACAACGCUGGCGGCGGAUACACUAGCGUGUUUGCAGGUCGCUCGCUGGCGGAGACAAGCACAACGGCAUCAUCUUCGUCUGCCACGAUGACGGCGUCGCAAGCACACCCACGCCGCCGGCAGACGACAGCCACAACGUCGGACGCAGUGGCGUUGAUGGUCACCGCUGGCGAAGACGAGGAUGGCGAGGAGAUGAUGACGGGCAACAGUCAUGCCAGCGGUCGCCCUACACAGGAUGAUUCGCACCACCAGCAGCAGCAGCAGCAGCAGCAGCAGCAGCAGCAGCAGCAGCAACAACAACAACAACAACAACAACAACAACAACAACAACAACAACAACAACAACAACAACAACAACAACAACAACAACAACAACGGCUGCUGGAAGAAGAGGCCACCGUGGAGGACAUGAGUGCCUUGUUUGUUGACACUCACCUGGGCGCGGCAGCACCCAUCGCUGACGGUGGUGCCCUUGUUGGCGAUGAAGACAACAACUACGACAGUGUCGCAGACCUGCCUGGCUUGGGGUGGCUGAACGGACACAGGGAGCUGUCGCCACUGCGCCCACACGUGUCACCGCAAGACCACCGCCUGCCCCUGUCCUUUCCUGAUGCACCGGAUAUGUCUGUGCCGUCGGGGUAUGAGGGCUUGCGCCGCCUCUUCAGCCCGCUGUCGAAGGGCCGCAACCAAGAGUCAGACGCAGCUUCCACCGCAGCAGCAUCAAGCAGCGCCAAUCGAAGCAGGCGUGACCACGGCAAAGUUGGCAGCAGCGGGCAACAACAUGUUGAUGCACGUGGUGAGAGUGUUGCCGGUGGUGUUGCUGAUGGCGAUGGUGGUGAUGAUGAUGAUGAGGAGGAGGAGGAGGAUUUGGUGGAUGUUCAGGUGAGCAUCUUGAAUAUGUCUGAUACCAGCAGGCCCCCGCUUGUCCUGUCUCCGAUUUCAUCACCGCGCGAAAGUUUGGCUCGUCGCCUUCGCAGUCGCCGGCCAAAGAACACUUCAACAGAUACCCAGCAACGUCACAGCAGUAGCAGCAGAGGCAGGCGGUCGACAAACCAGCGCAACCGCAGGAGCGGCCGUGACGGCACCGAGGGUGCUUAUGAUGACGACGACGCUGAUGACGAUGGUGACGAGAAUGCUGCCAUUGUGGAUGAUGGAGGUGAUGCCACUGGUGGUGGCAAUGAUGAUGAUGAUGAUGAUGAUGAUGAUGAUGAUGAUGGUGGUGGUGGUGGUGGUGGUGGUGGUGGUGGUGGUGGUGGUGGUGGUGGUGGUGGUGGAAGCGCCUUGUCAAGACGAAGAAGCUCGCGAAGGCUGGCGACCGCCCUACGACAGCAAGAGCAGGCACAGGAAGAGCGUCCGCACCAGCAACAACCGAACACGAAAACGAAGGAGAAACAGCGCCAGCAACAGCAGAAGAACAAGAAGAAGCAGAAGCACAGUAAGGGUCAACAGCGACAAGAGCCGCAGCAGCAGGAGUGGGACAAGCGAGUCCAAGGGCCACCACCCAAGCAGCCGUACAAGCGAAGGUUGAGCCAAGCGAGCUUGCGCCGUGUGGAUGACGGUGGCGACGAUGGGAAGCAAACGAAGCAGGCCAAAACGCUGGCGGGUGCAGCGGCAACAGCUAAGAAGCAGAUCAGACAGUCAGCAGCAAACGACAACAAGCGCAUCACCACAAACACAGUGCCUGCCACUCGAAGCAGCAGCGGUGGCAGCAGUGCUGAGGUCACGCCCACGGAGACAACUGCGAGCUGCGUCCUGGCAAACACAAAGAUGAAGAAGAAAAAGAAGAGACAACAGCCAGAGGUGCCGACGCGGCAGUCGGGGAGUGCCAGCAACAGGGCUCCUAGCAGUGGUGGCGAGACGGCACGUCAACGUCGCAGCUCACAACGAAUUGCCGGUGCCCGCGCUCUUCGCUCCUCAACGUCCUCCGUUGCAUCGUCUUUGUCGUCAUCAUCGGCAGCAUCAACACGGUCCUCUUCCUCCGUCGCUUCCUCUUCUUCCUCUUCCUCUUCCUCCUCGUCCUCUUCUUCCUCUUCCUCAUCGUCUGCCACUCGCCGCAGCAGCACGCGGUACCUCACGCCAAGGCCCAUCGUUCCCAGGCUACCCCGACAGGCAUCAAAGGCUUCAGCGAACAGCGCCGCCAGCAAUUCCACCAGCAAGAAGAGGAGCAGCAGUAGCAGCAGCAAGAGCAGCAGCAAGAGUGGCAAGAGCAAUCCUAGCAGCAGUGGCAUGAAGAGUAGCGGCGCAACCACUGUCAAAGCCACCGCUGCCAAAACGGGCGGUCGCGGAAGCAGCAGCAGCAGCAGCAGCAGCAAGAAGCGCAAUUGUCGUGCUUCCAGUUACGGCGGCAGUAAGGGCAAAGAGGGGAGCCAAGGCAUCAAAGAUGAGUUUGCGCUUCGCUCGCUACGAAUUGCUACAGAGGUGAUGCAGCGAUUGGAAAUGGGGGAGGAGGAUGGCAGCAAUGUCGCACACAACCAAACGGCUGAUGGAGACAUGGUGGACGAGCAAGGGCAGACAGGGCAGGAGCAAGCACAGGCAACAAACACUGCGACCACGCAGGGCACAAGUGCAGGGAGUGCGCAAGCAGAGGAUGACGAUGAUAUGCACCAGGUGCAGCUGGACGUGUUUGGCAUGCAACGGCUGGUGCUUGAUCUGGUUCGUGAUGGUGGUGGUGGUGGUGACGGUGACAGCAGCGACGAUGAUGACGAUGACGAUGACAAUGGUGGUGGCGGUGGCGACGGUGCUGGCGAUAAGGUUGGUGAUGCGGCAUCCAGGGCUGCGGGUAGACGUGGAGAUGAACGUGACGAUCAACAGCAAGGUCCGUCAAAGCACCUUCAAAAGGACGAGGAGAUGGGCGCAAACAACGCAAGCAAAACCUCAGCGACAACGACAGCAGCUACAGCAGCUACGGCAACGACUGCAGGGUUGCGCAGUGAUCUGCUUGAUGAUUGUGAUGCGAGGCGAGACGAGUCGUGCGUGCUCUAUGUGCCCCCGACAGCCCCACCUCCUCCGCACAGCCUUUUGCAGCAGUGGCACCAGGAACUGAAGCGUGGGCAGGCAUGA